AGAGUUAUCGGAAAGUUAGAGGAGAGAAUCAGCAGAGGGUUGAAGAAAAUUCUUUCACUUUUUGCAUCUCGUCAUUGGUAAAAUAUCAGAGUCAACAGACUAAGAAAUGCAGAAUCCCAGUGAGGAUACCCAAUGGAACGAUGCCUUACGUCGACACGGAAUUUUACCCGAAAAAGAAGUUAGCGAAGAUCAACUUAUUGAUCUUGUGGAAGAAACUGUUCAAAAGAAAACAGGGAACAUAGUGAAAGCGUAUGAGGAUAUGACUUUAGAGGAACUGGAGGAACUGGAAGAUGAAGAAGAUGAACGUGUUUUGCUACAGUAUAGACAGCAAAGAAUGGCAGAAAUACAGAAAUUUCAGAAGGCAUCCAAAUUUGGUGAUGUUCGAGAGAUUUCUGCCCAGGACUAUGUGGAGGAAGUCAAUAAAGCUGGCAAAGGAGUUUGGGUUGUUCUUCAUCUCUACAAAACUGGUGUUCCUUUAUGUACACUGAUAAAUCAGUUCCUUACUCAGCUGGCUGAGAAGUUUCCAACCACAAAAUUUUUAAAGAGUAUAUCAACGACAUGUAUACCCAACUAUCCUGACAGACAUCUUCCAACAAUAUUCAUCUACUGCGAGGAAGACAUGAAAAAACAAUUUGUAGGACCUUUUACAUUUGGAGGAAUGAAUCUCAAGAUUGAAGAAUUAGAAUGGAUGUUGGCUGAAGCUGGUGCAGUAAAAACUGACUUAGAGGAGGAUCCGCGUAAAAAGAAUAAAAUUCAUGAUGUUAUGACAAGUUCUUUGCAACAGAUGAGUGCUAAAGAUUCAGAUAGCGAUGACUUUGAUGAGUAGCAACAGGACAGCAUUUGUUGUAUAUGUAGAGAUUGUUCCAUGGAAAUAAUGCACAAACAAUCCUUAUCAUGACAGGACCGAAAAUGUGUGCACUGUAAGUACCUCCCGUUGUCCCAUACAAAGCCUUAGAAAAGUUUUCUAAGGCUUUGCAUGGGGACAACAGAAGGUACUUACAGUACACGCAUUUUUCGUCCUGUUAGGCACAAGUUGCAUAGUAUCAAAAAAAAAACGGACAAGUGAACCCAUUGAAUGAGAUUUUUUUUUUUUCGAUGCAUCAGAACUUGUGAAUAAAAAUUGUUUAAGCACUUUCUAUGGUAUGAUGUUUUCAAUUUAUACAAACUGAGAUUUACCUUGUGAUGUACAAAGUGAACAACUGUGAAAAAUAUCCUUCAUCCAAUCAGGGACACGAAUGAAAGUACUUCACAGUAUAAACCUCAGUCUGUAUGAAAUAAAUUUAUGUAAAAAAAAAAA